AUGCACUCUCUCCCUUCACCUAGUCAGCUCCUCACCCUGGGCUCGUCGCUGCUGCUUAGCAGUACGAGUCUCGUCUCGGCCGCCGCCAAUCCCCGUUCCGCAUGCUCUCAAGCAGACGGCGUGCUCGGUUUCGACUAUGUCAUCGUCGGUGGCGGCACCGCCGGCCUGGUCUUGGCCAACAGGCUGACAGAGGAUGCCGGCGUGACUGUUGCCGUCGUGGAAGCGGGCACACUGCCCGAGGACGUCUCGGGGAACUGGACCCAGGUUCCGGGCUACGCCGGCAAGUUCUUCUCGGGUGCGCCCGAGAUGUCUUGGGGCUUCCAAACGACCCCGCAAGCUGGACUCAACAACAGCACGGCGCACUACUUGCGAACGAAAGCACUAGGUGGAUGCAGCAACGUCAACUACAUGGCGUACUCGCAUACGACCAAGGGUGCUCACGCGGCCUGGGCAGCCGCGGUCAACGACGAGUCCUACUCGUACGAGAACAUGCUGCCGUACUACCGAAAGACGAUGAAGUUCUCGCCCCCUAAAGAGUCGUCUCGCCUGGCCAACGCCACGGUCCGAUACAACGAGGCCAGCGUGGCCACCAGCGGCGCGGUGGACGUCACGUACCCGGCAUACAGCCAGCCGUGGAGCACCUGGGUCUCCAAGGGGCUGGCGGCCAUCGGAGUCAACGAGACCGACACCUUCAUCGACGGAACCCUGAUCGGUCACACCUGGCAGAUGGACACGGUCCGGGCAAGCGACAGCCACCGAUCCUCGUCCGAGACGGCCUACCUGCGGCCCGUCUUGGACCGGCCCAACCUCGCCGUCUUCCAUUACACCACGGUCGAGCGCGUCCUGUUCAGCAACAAGACGGCCACGGGCGUCGAGUUCUCCUCCGCCACCACCGACUCCAGCUGCACCGGCACCAUCUCGGCGGCCAAGGAGGUCAUCCUCUCGGCCGGCGCCUUCCAGUCGCCUCAGCUGCUGCAGGUAUCGGGCGUCGGACCCAAGGACCUGCUGUCCAAGUACGGCAUCCCCGUCGUCGCCGACGUGCCCGCCGUCGGCAGGGGCAUGAGAGACCACAUGACCAUCUUCGCCUCGUACCAGGUCAACGUCGUCACCUCUUCGGCCUUGUCCGGCGCCGACUACCUGGCCAGCGCCAUCGACGACUUCAACACCAAGGGAGAGGGCCCACUGGCAAGCUCGGGCGGUGACCUGGUUGGCGGAGAGAAGAUCCCCGACGAGCUUCGAAAGAACUUUGCCGAUGAGACGGUAGAGUACCUAUCCCCCUAUCCCGCCGACUGGCCCGAGGUUCUCUACAACGUCUACCCCGGCGGCGUGACCGAGGCGGUGGCCAACGAGAACUUUGCCACGCUGCAGGCGACUCUGAUGAUGCCCCAUUCCCAAGGCACCGUCAUGAUCCAGUCCGCCAACAUAAGUGACGCCCCCGCCAUCAACCCCAACUGGCUCACCGAGAACUCCGACAUGGACGUCCUCGUCGCCGGUUUCAAGCGUGUCCGCCAGGCUCUCGAGUCCUCCGCCAUGGCCCCCGUCCUCGUCGGCGGCGAGGUGUUCCCGGGGCCCACGGUGGCGACCGACGACGACAUCCGCGCCUACAUCAGGCGGUCCAGCAGUCCGAUCUACCACGCCUUUGCCUCCAACAGGAUGGGCAACGGCACAGACCCUCAAGCCGUCGUGGACAGUCGCGGCAGGGUUGUCGGUGUCUCCAGGCUGAGGGUUAUCGAUUCGUCUUCGUUCCCGUUCCUGCCACCCACUCCUGCGCCGCAAGUGCAAGUCUAUGUCUUGGCGGAGAAGCUGGCGGAUGACAUCAAGAAGACUACCUACUGA